AUGCCAUAUUAUAAAUUAAAAAAGAAUUUAAUAGAAAGAGAAGACAUAUCAUUAACAAUCAAAUGCCCUGAAAGCAGCCACGAAUAUAGGUUCCAGUUCAACAACCAAUUAGAACUGCGAGAAAGACAACUCAUGAACAAACUUUUGUCGUCACAAAACAAAAUUGAACGUGUUUGCUCCAAUUCGCACGAAAUAACAAAAUUAUUAACAGAAUUAUCUCAAGUAUGUCGUAAUAUACAAGGAAUCACUGUUAGGAUUAAGCAAGAAGUGAAACACAAAUCGAAUCCUGAUAAAGACGUCGAUGAAAUUAUGGAUGAAUCAAAAAGUCUUGUAAAGAUUGUUAUGACGCAAAAACAUUUACGAACAUUUGACUUUUCGUGCUAUAGAGAGCCCAAUUUAUUACCAAAUUUAAUUUUAAAUGGAUUAUCUGGGGAGAAAUUAGAGUUGUUCGAAGAGUGGCAUACACAAAGAAAUUGUGUUCUCAUUAUGGAAGCGUUAGAAGCGCAUGCACACAGCUUAGAAGUUUUGUCAUUCGAUGGACUAAAUUCCUUACAUUGGAAAGAACUUGCCAAUCUACAAAAAUUCAAUAAACUUAGGGAAUUAAAUUUUUCAAACUUAUCAUAUCGAUGGAAUUUAUCUCCGUUGAAAUUACUCUACACAUCCGAUUUACCAAAUCUUCAAAAACUAUCAUUCAGAAAUUCUCAAAUUUACGCUCACGGUAUCUUGAAGAUUAUUGAAACGAACUCGCAACACUUAACCUCCCUCGAUCUUCGAAUCGAACGAAAAUAUUGGGUACCAUCAUACAACAUCGACAAAGACUAUCACCUAUUCUUUAAACAUGUUGGACGCGUUUGUCCUAAACUUUUACAUUUUUCUUGUUUCAUAACAUUCGUUAAAGAUUUGGAAUCAAUACUUGACCUCGUUAAAUCCUGUACUAAACUACAAACUUUAAUUAUUGAUAAGCACGAUUCUUGGAAAGCGCGUAAUUGUGAUCUCGAUGCCAUUGAUAAUUUCUUAAGUAGUAUAACAAGUUUGAAAUCAAAAAAUUUAAAUACUUUUUGCUUCGUUAUUAUCCCGAUGGAAAAUUAA